CUUCUGACAAAAGAUGAAAAUUGCGGCAAAUUCACGGCUGAUGGCGAGAAUGAGUUGGAGAAUGACAUGAACGAAUCUGCUGAGAAUACUCUUUUUCGAGUAAUGCAUAAACUAAUAUGUUCUGUGCAAACUUACGACUGGGGUAAGCCAGGAUCUCGAAGUACCGUGGCAGCAUUGGUUAAAGAAGGGCAUCAUGCGAACUACGUGGAUGAUAACAAACCGUACGCUGAGUUCUGGAUGGGUGUACAUAAGAAUGGGCCAGCGAAAAUCGAGCAAACAUCAGAGGAUCUUUUAAACUGCAUCAAGAAUCAUCCAGAAAUGGUCGGAAAACACGAGCAAGGUACCCUGCAAUUCCUGUUCAAAGUUUUAUCUGUGGAGAAAGCUCUGUCUAUACAAAGUCAUCCAACUAAGAAACUCUUGGACAGUAACGAAGCGAUAGCCAAGCAAACAUUGAAAAAAAUAUUCACCAAAGUAUGGGCAUCUUCGCCAGAAGCGAUAGCCAAGGCUGUGCAGGCUUUUGUGGCUCGAAUCAAAAAAGACCCAAAAAACAAAUUAGAUGAGCUGAUUCUAAGACUCGACAGUGCGUAUCCCGGAGGUGAUGUUGGUGUGUUCGCUCCGCUGCUUCUAAACUAUUUCACGCUGAAACCUGGGCAGGCGACAUUUCUCGGACCAAAUCAGCCGCAUGCAUAUUUGUCCGGAGGUUCGUGUUUGAUUUGCUAA